GAUGCAACUCUUCUUAUUUAUGUCGCAUUUCCUGUUCCGCUUUGAAUUUGUUUUCUUUACUGUUUUGAUGGUUAUUUAACACGUGUUUGUAAGAAGUAGAAAGACGUCUUGGAAGUGUACUCCGGUGAAGACAGUCUGUUCAACAAAUUUGUAGCAUAGAUUAAGAAUUGUUUGUUGUUGUUUCAAGAUGACAUCGAAUGACAAGAGAAUUACGGAAAAUAAAGCCUCUUUUAGUUCUUUAAAUGAUUGUGAUGGAAUACCUGAGCAGGUAGCAUUAAAAAGAGAACUUGGUGUUUUUGAUGGAAUUGGCGUAAUUGUCGGAGUUAUAGUCGGCUCUGGAAUAUUUGUUUCUCCAAAAGGGGUACUUUUAAAUGCAGGUUCUGUGUUAAUGUCUCUUAUUAUAUGGACGCUAUGCGGCUUAUUAUCAACAUUUGGAGCCUGCUGCUAUGCAGAACUUGGAGCUGCAAUUCCUAAAUCUGGAGGUGAAUUUGCUUAUUUGAAUGAAAGCUUUGGUGGUCUGAUGGCAUUUUUAUACCUAUGGGUUGCAUUACUUAUCAUCAUGCCUACAGGGAAUGCCAUUAUUGCCUUGACUUUUGCUGAGUACAUAUUGCAGCCUUUUUAUGGUAUAUGUGAGGCACCUGAUCUUGCUGUGAAAUUGAUUGCAGUUGUUGUCAUUCUUUUCUUGACAUUUGUGAAUUGCUAUAGUAUGAAAUGGGUUACUCGAAUACAAGAUAGUUUUGCGUUUGCUAAAAUAUUAGCUCUUCUAGUGAUUAUUUGUGCCGGAAUGUACUACUUAAUAUUUGGCAGUACAAAAAAUCUUUCAAAUGUUAUGGAAGAUACUUCCUGGAAUUUUUCUGAUCUUUCUUUGGCUGUUUAUUCAGGAAUGUUUUCUUUUUCUGGAUGGAAUGCACUUAAUUUUGUAACAGAAGAAAUGAAAAACCCUGUAAGAGAUUUACCUCGAGCAAUUUACAUAUCUAUUCCACUAGUUUCUGUGAUCUACCUUAUGACAAAUGUGGCCUAUUUUUCUGUUUUGACAAAAGAAGAAAUACUUGCUUCUAGUGCCACUGCUGGGGCUUUUGGUGAUAAAAUAUUAGGAGUAAUGUCUUGGAUUAUGCCUUUAUGUGUCGCAUUAUCUACAUUUGGUGGCCUCAAUGGGGGUAUAUUUUCAUCAUCAAGGUUGUUUUUUGUUGGAGCUCGUCAAGGUCACUUGCCUAGUAUCGUAUCCAUGAUAAAUUUAAAUCAUUCCACACCUGCACCAAGUCUAAUUUUUCUUGCUAUAAUGACUAUUUUAUAUUUAUGGGUUGGAGGCAUAUAUGUCUUGAUCAAUUUUACGUCAUUUAUUGAAGCUCUUUUUAUUACUCUGACUAUAGCUGCUCUACUUUAUCUUCGUAUACGCGCUCCAAAGAUGGAACGACCUAUUAAAGUAUCGCUAGCUCUUCCAAUUUGUUUUCUCUUUAUUGGCAUGUUCCUCGUGACGCUGCCAUUUUUCAAAGAGACAUUUUCCACUGUUGUUGCCUUGGUUAUUACAUUAUCUGGAAUUCCUACCUAUGUAGUUUUUGUUCUAUGGAAAAACAAGCCAAGAUGGAUUGUAUCAAUUUCUGAUCAUUUCACUGUACUUAUUCAAAAGUUCUUGCUGUGUGUUCCCACAAAUGCUGAGGCUUCUAUUGAGGAUCUUUCAAAUCCAGCUAUGUUUUCUAAUGAUAUUCAGAUCAAAGUUAACAAAACUAAGUAAAUUGAUAUAAGCUGAACAAUAUUCAGGAAAAGAACUGGUAUUCGUAUUGGGUAUUUUAAAAUUAAGCAAUCAAUCAUACCAAAGGAAUAUGAAAUUGAUAACUUUGUUUUAUAAAUUGAAUUAUUCUUAAAUAUUUAUUGCAAAUGGUACCGGUGCUAAAUUUGUAUGUUCCUAAUUAUUUUGCCAUAUUUUUCAAAACUUAAUUUUCGUUUCAUAUUAUUAAAAUGUAUUAUUGUACUUAUUCAAAAUUCAUUCAAAUUGUUAUAAAAAUAAUUUUUUAAAGAGUAUGAUUGAAAUAUAUCUCUUUAAUAGUUCUUAUAGAAUUCCUCAUUAAAUUGUGUAAGUUAAGUAUUAACCUCUCUUUUUUUUUUCUUCUAAUCAGUAUUUCAGAUAAUUGAGCACUAUUUGUUAUUUUGAUUUUUUUCCAAAAUUUCAAUAGAGUCUUAAAUUGAAAAUCUUUUUCAAGUGUCCAGUUUUGUCACAAAAAAUAAUGUCUAAACAAUGCUUUAAAAAAUUUUUUUUAAUGCAUUAUUUUUGUUUAUGUUUUUUCAAUUUAGGUUUUUUGAUUGUCUGAAUCAGAAAUUUCAUUGGUUGUAGUGUUUUUAUGUUUACCACAAAGUUUAGACAUUUUCAAUCUUCACAAAGUUUACAUUUUCUAAAAAUUUUAAAAAACCGAUAACUUUAUGACAAGGAUUAGACGCUUUCAGUCGACACAAAGUUUACAUUUUCUAAAAUUUUAAUAAAACCCAUAUUGUAGCUUUUUUGGGUGUCCAAUUGGGUCACAAAAAAAUUAUAAUCAAGAUGUUAAAAUUUUUUUCAAUAAUUAAUUAAAAUUUUUUUUUUAAUUUUCUCAAUUUAGAAUUUUUUAUUGUCUGAAUUUUAAAUUUAAUAGAGCAUAGUAUCAUCUUAAGUUAAUUGUUUAAGUUAAUAAUUUUUUUUUUUGCUAUUUAACAAAACUCAUGAUAUGCUCAAUUAUGUUUUCUAGUUAAUUUGUCUUUUUAUUAUUAUUUUUUACACUUAUCAUUUUCUUUAUUUAUUUCUUUGUCAUUGAUUAUUUACAUUUGCAAAAUAUUUGUCUUGUAUUUGUCUGGCUCAUGUAAAUUUUCUUAUUCUCAUAUUUUUUACAUUGCACUAUGUUUUUACUUGUAAUAUUCAUGCUUGAACUUCUUUUUUUGAUGUUUUGUCCCAAAUUUGCAUUGUUUUUUUUUUAAAUGCAAGUCGUGCUUUAUUGUCAUUUGCAUGUCAUUUCAUUUACAGAAAUUGUAAGCUGUUUGUUAUAAUUUAAAUUGUGUGUGCAUUGAAUUAUAGAUACUGAUUUUAUUGUUAACUGAUAUACAGUGUUAAUUGUUUUAUCAUGGACCAAAAUAGGGUAUUAGUUAAGUGUACAUGACAUUUAUUAACUUAUAAUUUAAAUAUUUUUUCAUAUUACUUUUUGUCCUUAUUUUUUUUACCAAAACUUUUUUUAAGCUUCAUUUUUGCAAUUAUAACUCGAAAAUUUAUCAUAUGAGUUUGUAAAUAGCACUUGUUAAAGUGAUUGUUGUAGUUGAUUGCAUAUAUAACUUACCCAGAAAUUGCACAAUUGUCUGUCACAAGUAUUUUUUUUUUUAUUUUUUUGUACUUUUUAAUUUGAAGAACUAUAAAUAGUUAUUUUUUUUGCCUUGUUUUAAUAUUUAUAAUUUUUUGUCAUGUAAUAUUUAUAAAUUUUUUUUUUAAUUAGUACUUUUAUUACAGUACAAUAGACUUAUUUUGUUUAAGGAUGAAUUUCUUAAAUUAAAUUUUUAAUCGUUUCGUGGAUGCACUAUGGAUUUUAAAUAAUUUCUACAAAAUCAAAUUGAAGGUGUUAGAAAACUAUGGAAAACCUUUGUAAAUGACCUUUUAUUUUUAUCUCAUAGGAAAAAGUUAUUAAAAAUUUAUUUUAUGAUUGAAUUGCAAUCAAUAUUUUUCAUAAAUUUAUUUAUAAAGUUUUCAGCUGUUUAUAAAUAUUUUUUAUUCCAUUCUCCUUGACUUCUAAAUGAAUAUUUCAUUCUGUUCCAUAACAAAACAACUACCUGUUCACAUUCUGUAUUUUUUCCAAUUUUAUAAUAAUUCUGUAAAUAUCUUGGCUCUAGAUACUUGUUCAUGUUUGUUCAUACAGUGAUGUUUGGUCACAUAAUUGAAUGAAAUCGUUUGUUUACCUUUGUAGUCUCAGUUUGAUUAGUUGUCAUCAAACAUGGUACAUCUUUUGAUUUGAUUAAAAAGCUCUGUAACUUUAGCUGUGUAUACAUAUAAGAUUAAACCUCAUUGAUCUUUAAAUUAAGAUGAAGAUUAGUUGAACAUUUUAUUUUCUAUUAAUUGAAACUAAAAAAUUUUUGGCAAUGGUUGUAAAAAUUUUUUUUAAAUUUAUCUGUUGUAUUUAAUUUAAUUCUUUUUCUUUCUUGUUGAGAAUUAUUUUAUAGAUUCUAGAAAUGUUUCGUAAACAUUCCUUAUACUCAGAAAGAGCUUGAGAGUUUAGUUAGUAUAUACCUCUUUAAAAUGAGAUUAUUUUAAAUAAUACGAGCUUGAAUUUACUUUUUAUAUUAAUCAAGUUUAUUGAGAAAAACUUUUCAUUUCAUGUCACCUUAAAAAAUUUUAUUAGAAAAAAGUAGUUUUUGCUUUUAGGGAAGAUUAUGGUCCUGUAAUUUUUUAUAAUUUUUUCUGUUACAAAAUUUAAUAAUUGUUUUAUUGAAGAACUUUAUGUGAUUGCAAAGAAAAUAUUGAUGAAUGUUUAUUUUGAUUUUGACAUUGUAAUUGUAAUGAAAAAGUUGUGAAGUUUUCAAGUGUUGUGAUGUUGGGCAAAAUUGUACAUAUGUUCUAGCAUUAUCUUUCUUUUUAAAGAACAACAAAAGCAGCAGGUUUUAUUGGAAUAAAUUAACCAUUUUGAGAAAUUAGUAAAAAGCUAGAAUUCAAUUCUCAGAAGGUUAACUUAAAUAAAUAAUUUAUCUGACUUCGUUUAUGGGAAAUUAUUUGACUGGAAAUUUUUUUUCCCGCUUUUAUUUUCAAUAAACUUAAUCUUAUUGCAAAAUAUAUAUAUUAACCCACUAAGCGUUAGCUCUGUCUUUUUUUUCUUUGCAGCUUUAACCUUCAAAUUUUCUUGCAAUGGUUUUCUCCUUGUUAACAAUGAGAAAUCAUUUUUCCUUAAGUUCUUAGUGUACAGCAGAGAAAUAUAGUAUGAUUUUGUCUGUAGGCUCAACACUUGAAGGAUUAAAAUAUGUAUUAAAAAUCUUUUUCUUAAGCUGCAAAGACUGAUAUAUGUUACAGCUUUGACUUUAAGAUAUUUCAUAUGAUAAUAUAUAUAUAUAUAAAAAAGAGACAAUCUUCAAUACAUGCGCUGUUAAAUAUUUUGAAAUAGUGAUGAUCCAUUUUGAUUUAUGUUUUAAUUUUAACUUUGUACUGGCAAAUUUUUAGUGCUAUUUUGAAAACUAAACUUUUUAAGGAUUUAUAAAAGGAUUAUCCAUGACAAUUAAAAAUUUACAUAUUUUAUUUAGAAGCUAUUUAUGAAGACAAUUAGACUAGCGAAUUUUAUUAACGAUUUUUAAUAUUUAUACUGACAGAUAGUGAUGAUAUUCAUGUCUUUUGAGUGCCAUAUAUCUUUUUAAUAUGAACUUUAUUACAGAAGAGAAAUUGUGAUAAUAAGGAACAAUUGCUGAUCGAGUUUUAAUAUUUUUGUGCAAUUUACUAAGAUAUUGUAAACCAACAUGCAGAAUCAAUUCCAUAUGUUUUCCACAAAUUUAAUUUUCCAAACAUAUGCUUAGCAGCCGUUAUCCUGUUUCAGGAAUUAUUCAAUAUUAAAGUCUUCCGAAAAAAAUAGGUGCUGCAGUGAUUCCCCCUUAUUCAUUUCAAGCUUUCUAUGUUUCGUCAUUUUUCCAGUAUACCUUGAAUACAUGAUAUCGUUUGCAUUGUGCUCAGUAUAGCUGAUUUCAAUUGAAUUCAAAAAGAAUUUUUUGAGAUUCUUGAAGCAUAUAAAUUUUUAUGCAUUAAUUAGAAUUAACUAGUUUGUAUUAAUAGUGUUCUGUGAUAAAUAUUUUGAUAUAUAUUUUUAAAAUCCUUUUCAAAAAUGAAGGCUAAGUGUAAACAUAUUUAAAAAAUCACAAAAAUGCUAUUGAAAUCUGAUACCAUUGAACAUAUCAAGUGCUCUAAUCAUCAAACCUUGUUUGAAUGCUAAAAAAUGCAGGGAAGAGUUUUAAGAUGAUUAUUCAAAACUUCUUCACAUUUUAACCAGCAAUCUAAUAGAUUUUUUUAUACAGUGCGCAAAAAUAAACCACCCUGCAUGACUUUUGAUUUAAUGAUUUGAUCUUCACAUACUAGGACUCUAUCUUAACGGUUUGAGGGGAAACCUUGAAUAUGCUAAUUAGUUAGUACUGACGAUAUUUUAAAUUAUGAAAUCAGACACGAAAAUGUACUUUCUCACGAUAUUUUAAGUUAUGAAAUCAGACACGAAAAUGUACUCUUUUCGAAUAAACACACCUUUUUUAAUGGAUUUGUAUUUCAUACCCAUAGAAUAAAAGAUAGCCACAAUCUGG